AUGGCUGGCGGUUUCGCAGAACUACAGAACAAUGCCAACCCGAUAUGGUACCGCGACAAGGGUCUGCGCAAGAUGUCCCUCCACGUCGUCAUGAUCUUCUUUGCGGUCUUCACCUUUGGAUAUGACGGAGCGUACCUCAACGGCCUGCUCAUCGUCCCGGCGUGGGGAAAGUACUUUGGGAAUCCCGCGGGUCAGGAUCUUGGCUUGAUCACUGCUUCGUUCUACUUCCCCAAGAUCAUCACCCCGCCCCUAGCCGCCUGGAUCAGUGACAAGUACGGUCGCCGAGUGUCCAUCAUGGUCGGAUCGGUGGUCACGCUCGCUGGCGGUCUCUUGGGCGCCUUCUCUACAUCCCGUGGGCAGUUUAUCGGCGGUCGAGUCAUGGUGGGCGCGGGUCAGGCCUUUCACCAGGCCGUCGCUCCUCCUCUUCUGCAGGAGCUGGCUCAUCCCCGUGUCCGAGGUAUCGUAGGCGCCAUGUACCUCGGUAUCUUCUUUGUCGGUAGUAUCUUCUCUGCAUUCCUCACUCUGGGCAUGAUCAACUGGGACAGUGAAUGGGCUUGGCGUCUUCCCACCCUCCUCCAGGUUCUUGGCACAAUCAUCAUCUCAUCUUACAUCCUCGCUGGACAGAUGCCCGAAUCGCCACGAUGGCAACUCCGAAACGGUCGAGGCGAUCGCGCACUGAAAACCCUCGCCGAGCUCCACGCCAAUGGCGACGAGAACGACGAGCUGGUCCGGUAUGAGUUUGCCGAGAUGGAGGAGAGUCUGAGGGCGGACGAGGGUGCAGCAACAGUCAGCUAUCUCGAAUUCUUCCGGACGCAUGGGAACAGAAGAAGGUUGCUCGUCACUUGCGUCGUCGCUGCCGGUGCCCAGCUCGGGGGCAUAACGGAGCCGCCUCGUCAAGCAGGCAUCAACGCUGGCCUGUCGAUCUGGGGACUGGUCUGCGUCAUGACCGCCGCCCAAUUUAUCGAUCGGCUCGGAAGGCGGGUUCUCUGGAUGCAGGGGUUGAUUGGGAUGUUUAUUUGGUUCAGCUUCAUCACUGCUCUCUCCGGCGCAUUCGCAUCCACCGGAAGUCAAGCCAUCGGGACUGCCGUAAUCCCAUUCCUCUUCCUAUUUCAGAUGGCCAACACCACAUCCUUCACCACUGUCGCUUAUAUGUACGCGACCGAGAUCAACCCCUAUGCGCUCCGCUCGAAAGCGCUGUCAAUCUACAUUUCGGUGCAGGGCGUCGCUCUCUCGUUUAAUCAGUACGUGAACCCCAUCGCGUUGGCGGCCAUCGCCUGGAAAUACUACUUUGUCUUCUCCGGCAUCCAAAUCUUCCUCAUCGUCUUUGCGUGGUUCUUCUUCCUCGAGACUAGGGGCUGCACCAUCGAGGAGGCGUCGUUACUGUAUGAUGGACCCGAGGCGGUUGCGCGGGCGUCGGAGAAGGCGGCGCAGGACACGCACGACAUGCCUGCCAAGAAGGAGGAUGCCGAGCAGGAGUUUGUGGAGGGCGGAGAUGUCAGGCGGACUGCUUAG